AUGGCCUUCCAAGCGGAGGCAGAUAUCUCACCGGCUCUCACGCAUGUGAAAGAAAUCGAUGCCCUGUUACGGUGUCCAAUUUGUUUUGACUUUCUCAACAUUACAAUGAUGACGACAUGUUCCCACAACUUUUGCUCCUUGUGCAUCAGGAAAUUCUUUUCUUACAAGCUUCAGUGUCCAGUAUGCAAUGCCAAAGCGACAGAACAAGAUCUACGCAACAACCGCUUGCUGGAUGACUUGGUGGUAAACUUUCGUGCUGCAAGACAACAAUUGUCAGAAACACAUUUUGGCGCUCCGCCUAUGUCCCCAAAGCACCCAGCAUCAGUCAAAACCAAAGAACCCAGAUACAAAGAUCAGAUGUGCAAAAACUCUGUUGUGAGUCAAUUUUUCCAAAAGAGGCCAAGUCAGUCUGCCAAAGCUGACCAUACUGGACGUACUGGCAAUUCAAAUGACAUGGACCUGCACUCAAUAACUGUGAAAAAAGAGGCCAUGGAUGUAGGAGAAGUAUCCCCGGAGGAUGCGGUAUCUGUGAAGCUAGAGGUCACAGAAUUGCACAGCAUCAGCGAAGAGUUGCCGCAUACUUCUUCAUCACCGCCAACAGAUACAAAGCCUGUAAUCAAAGUGGAGUGCCCUGUAUGCUCUGUAUGUGUGUCUCCGAUGUUCAUCAACAAACACCUGGACAUGUGUCUCACUAGCGAAGAGAAGAAGGAAAGCUUAAGGAGCUCCUUUGGAAAGACAAGGCACCCAAUGGGGAAGCUGGUGUACCACCUGCUUUCACUGCAGGAGUUGAAGAGGAGGCUCAAGGAAUGCAACCUUUCAGUGCAAGGGUCCCGAGAUCAACUCAUUAAAAGACACAAGGAGUUUGUGCAUAUUUAUAAUGCACAGUGUGACUCACUCAACCCCAAACCAGCUGACGAAAUUGUUAAAGAGGUGGAAGCCAAUGAGAAGAUUAAAAAUCAGCUUAAGGACGAAGUCAAACCUGUUAUGGUCUUCUCAAAAAAUCACUCUGAAGAGGAAAUUGAUGAGGUUCAUUCAACAUAUAGGAAACAGCACAGCAGUGACUUUUCGCGACUGGUUGCCCAGGUUCGCGGUCGCCUAGAUACAACCAAGAAGACUCGCAUAAAACAGGAGGUGGCUGCAGGAGGCGAACAGGCAGAACAAACGCCUUCAGCAGCUCAAGUCACAGAAUCAAGGAAUUCGUUGGACAUCAAGCCUGAAAGCGAGGAAGAAACAGGGCCUUCUACAAGAGGCAUUGUUUUGUCUAACAGCCCCACUUACAGUGAUGUGUCUAUCAGCAGGUGUCAGUUGGUAUGA